UUCUGUCUUCUCCUUCUCGGUUUCUAUCUUCACUACUUCUUUGGUGCACCCUAACCAAACCAUGUCCGACUUUAUCACUCCAGUAAUUGACAUCCUAACUCGCGUGUGUGGUUCUUGCGCCAAAUGGGCAGAUUCAAUACGCAAUCUUGGAGAAGACCUCAUCUCUUUGAGAAAUGCUUCAAAUCAACUCAAUGACACGUAUCUUGAUGUCAAGAUGAAGGUGGAAACCGCAGAGCAGGACCCAGAUCCAAGGCUGAAGGUUUCGAAUCGGGUAAGGGGUUGGAUGGGCAGAGUAGAAGUGCUACAAAAUGAAGUCCAAGCCAUUUUGCAGCAAGGUGAAGGAGAAAUACAAGCCAAGUGUUUCGGAGGUCGUUGUCCCAAGAAUUAUCGGGCUAGCUACAAGCUACACAAAAUGGUUGCCCAGAAGUUGAGUGACGUUAAUGAUCUUACAAGCAAAGGCAACUUUGAUGUUAUAGCAGAACAGCUUGCCCGUGAUGGGUUCGAUGAACUUCCUGUGGAUGAGGCUGUGGGAGUAGAAUCAACAUUUGAGGAGCUAUGUUCAUGCUUUGGGAACAAUCGGGUGGGCAUCAUUGGUUUGUAUGGAAUGGGAGGGGUAGGCAAAACAACCCUAUUGAAAAAAUUCAACAACGAUUUCCUCUCAAAGAAAGCAAAAAAUAUAGUCAUCUGGGUUGUGGUGUCUAAAGAUACGGAUGAAGGAAAAAUUCAAGAAGCCAUUAGGAAAAAAUUGCAUGUCAAAGAUGACGAAUGGAAUAAUAAGACGGUGGAUGACAGAGUUCUUUUGUUAUACAACAUCUUAAAAAAUGAGAAAUUUGUGUUGUUAUUAGAUGAUGUGUGGGAAAGGAUUGACUUGUUGAAAUUGGGGGUUCCUUCUCCAAAAGAUCAUGAAUGCAAGAUAAUAUUCACAACUCGGUUGAAAGAGGUAUGUGGUCUAAUGGAUGCACAAGGACUCAUAAAAGUAAAUUGCCUCGCACCAGAUGAAGCAUUUGAGUUGUUCAAGGAUAAAGUGGGUGGGACAAUUCUUGAAAGUCCUCAUAUAUUGCCUCUUGCAAAACAAGUGGUGGAAGAGUGUCAAGGCUUACCACUUGCUCUUUGUACUGUUGGACGUGCCAUGGCUAACAAGGAGAAUCCCAAUGAAUGGAGGCGUAGUAUAGAAAUUUUGAGGCAUUAUCCCUCAAAGAUCAAAGGUAUUAUUGAAGAUGUCUAUCGCUUGCUUGAAUUUAGUUAUGAUAGAUUGCCGAAUGAUACCUACAAAUCAUGCUUUUUGUAUUGUGCCCUGUUCCCUGAGGACUAUGACAUUAAAAAACAAAAGCUUAUUUUGCUUUGGAUUGCUGAAGGCUUUUUGGCUGAAUUUGAUUAUGAUAUACAUGAAGCACGUAAGCAAGGAGAAGAUAUAAUUUCAAGUCUAAAGUACGCAUGCUUAUUGGAAAAUAGUGAGAAAGAAAAUACAAUUAAGAUGCAUGAUGUGAUCAGAGAUAUGGCUCUUUGGCUAGCUUGUGAUCAUGGGAAAAAGGCAAGAUUCAUUACAAGAGAUUGUUCCAAGACUAGUGACCUUGAAGUAUACAAUCAUGCAAAGUGGAAAGAGGUGGAAAAGCUAUCAAUGUGGGGCGGGGAUGAAGUGAGUACAAGCUUCUUGCAAAUACCUCGUUGUCCUAAUCUCAUCACUCUGUUUGUUAGGGAUAAAGGAUUACGAGUCUUUCCAACUGAGGUAUUUGUCCAUCCAAGCACUGUCAGAGUUCUAAACUUGUCAUCAAGUUACAAAAUAGGAGAUCUACCAUCAGAAAUUGGGGACUUUGUAAACCUCGAACACAUGAACGUAUCAUUUACUGGUAUAAGAAAAUUGCCAGAGGAGUUGAAGAAUUUGAAGAAGCUGAGGUUCUUGUUGCUGGACGGACUAAAAGAGCUUGAAUUCCCAGAAAAAGUUAUAUCCGGUUUGUUAUCCCUUCAAGCUUUUAGCAUGAGAAGGUCACAAGUUCGAGGGAUUGAUGAAAAUGUGUUGUUGGAUGAGCUAGAAGGCUUAGAUCAUCUUCAAGAUAUGCGCAUAUCUGUCUUUAGCAUAUCCUCUAUUGGAAAAAUACUGAUCUCCUCAAAAUUGCAAAGGUGCAUUUGUAGGUUAAUCACUGAAGGAGAAAGCUCACCACUCCAUGACUUCUUCUCAUCACUUGGAAAGAUGGAGCAUCUCGAAACAUUAGAAGUUAGGAAUUCCAAAGCUGUGGAUAUUCCGAGAAGCUCAUUUCAAGGACACGAACAUAGAAUCAACCUCCGCAAGUUGGUUCUCAAUGGGUGUGGCAAUAUAGUUGACUUGAAUUGGCUUAUACAUGCUCCAAACCUUGAAGUCCUUCAAAUAAGCUAUUGUGAUUCAUUGGUUGAAGUUGUGAGUGCAGAUUUUGGGACUGCUGACAUUGAGAGACUGAAAAGCAAUCUAUUUUCUAGUCUCACUUAUCUUCAUUUGGAAUCUUUGAGUAACUUAAGGAGCAUUUGUAGAAUGGCAUUAAAGUUUCCUUGUUUGAAGGUGAUUAAAGUAGAAAAGUGUCCUAAUUUGAAGAAGCUCCCAUUUAAUUCUCAAAGUGCAUUGAAAAGCCUACAACGCUUUAUAGGAUAUCCUGAUCAGUUGUUGGAUCAAUUGGCAUGGGAAGACGAAGCAGCCAAGCAUCUUCUUUCAUCAAAAUUUGAAAGUUCUUUUUUCCCAGUUCUUUCCAGCUUGGACGACGAACCAAUGAGGAAGGCUCUGAAGGUUUAUAAGCUAUUAUGGAGAGUGGCAUCGCCUCCACCAUUCAUUGUGCUUUGA